AUGUCUGGGACGAUGUACGACGACCAGUAUUAUGCGACUUCGCGCCGCCAUUCCCUCGUCACUCCUCCGCCCUCGACGGCCCCAAGACACAGCCGGAUGCGCAGCCAGAGUGUUAGAGUCAGCAACGGUACAGUCAGCACAGAUAACAGCAUGUCUAGUGGGAGGGUAUCAGAAGCCACGAAUAUUACCCAGCCUCCGGCCUAUUCCAAGAAGUUUGUUGUGGUGGGAGACGGAGGAUGCGGGAAAACAUGCCUGUUGAUAAGUUACUCGCAAGGCUACUUUCCAGAGAAAUACGUCCCCACGGUAUUUGAAAACUAUAUAACGCAAACCCUCCACCGACGGUCGGGGAAGACCGUGGAGUUGGCGCUCUGGGAUACUGCUGGCCAGGAGGAAUACGACAGACUACGCCCUCUUUCAUACCCCGAGACCGACCUUUUGUUUGUUUGCUUCGCCAUCGAUUGUCCUGCAUCCCUUGAAAAUGUCAUGGAUAAGUGGUAUCCCGAGGUUCUGCAUUUCUGCCCCACGACUCCGAUCAUCCUUGUUGGGCUGAAAUCCGACCUGCGAAACAAGAGAACAUGCAUUGAGCUUCUGAAAACGCAAGGCCUGACACCUAUCACUCCCGAACAAGGCCAGGCCGUGGCCGGUACGAUGAACGCAUCUUACGUAGAGUGCAGCAGCAAAGAGAUGCGCGGCGUGGACUCUGUCUUCCAGCUAGCAGUGGACACUGUAGUGUCCGUCGAAGAUCAAAACUGGGACAGUCAAGUCCCGUCAUCUUCUGGGAAACCUAGCAAGUCUAAUAAUGGUGGCAGUGGUGGUGGCCGCAAGAAGAUCAAGAAGCGCAGCUGCAAGAUCUUGUAA